UUUGUGGGAAAAAAAUUAAAAAUUGCUAAUAAUGUAAAGAUUAAAAUUUAUAAUGUAGAGUUUUUUUUUUUUUGUGGGGAAAAAUUUAUAAUGUAGACUUGACCUUGUUAUUAGUAAUUAUUACUUGGUAGAGUUUUUUUUUUUGUUUUUGUUUUUGUAUAUGAAUGCAGUUUCAAUAUUUCAUCGUCAAAACAAGAACAAUAACAGUCAAAGUUCAGUCCAUCACAUGACUGUCUAUCCUAGGUACCCGCCCAAAAACAAUAAUACUAAACUCAUUUCGCACCAAAAAUAAAAAAUAGUACGCACAUAACACAUUAUUCUUCUGUAACUGUUUCUGAAAACACCUUCCUCUAUAUUCUUGACAACACUAUCUAUCAUUUCCGCAACAUUUGGCACUUUCAUCAACCUUCUUUCUCUCUCCUUCCCACCUCUCUAAACUCUAAACUAAGCAAGCAGUUCAUGAUAAUGCACAAUUUUACCUCAAAAACAUAUUCUCUAACUAGUCUUUUUUGUGAAGAAAAUGAUGAUAAAACUUGUGUUUUUCAACAUGUUGAUCAACACCCACUAUUUAAUUCUACAAAUAUUGAGUAUUUCAAUGCAAAUUUUGACGUAAUAUCAGAGUUUGAAGAAGAUGGGUACAUAAAUAUUCUGCUCCAAAGAGAGAUAAACUCUGGUUUUACUCAAAGGAGUCAGAUUUUACCAAUUACUACUAGCAAAUCUUCAAGAAAUCAUGCUAUUAAUUACAUUCUCCAUAUGGGAGCAAUGCUUGGAUUUCAACUACAAACAGCUUAUUUAUCUCUCUGCUACUUUGAUUUAUUCCUAUCCAAGAGAAGCAUUGAUGAGGAAAAAUCAUGGGCAAUAGAGCUGAUUUUAGUGGCAUGUUUAUCAGUGGCUGCAAAAUUGGAAGAAAACAAAGUUCCAAGUUUAUCAGACUUUUUUCAAGUUGGAGAUAUCAAAUAUGAGUAUGAAGUUAUUCAAAAAAUGGAGCUAUUAGUCCUAAAUACAUUGGAAUGGAAGGUGAGAAUUGUUACUCCUUUUGCUUAUUUGCCUUACUUCAUCAAUAAAUUCUGCGACGUACCGCGAUUUCAAGGUUCUUCCUCAACCAUUAAUCAACUUAUCUUGGCCUUCAUGAGAGAGAUUAAUUUAGUGGAUCAUCGUCCAUAUGCUAUAGCUUGUGGUUCAAUAUUAGUGGCAUUGGAUCGAAGUUUGUCACGAGAAGCAAUUGAGUUGAAGACCAAUACGAUCUUACCUAGUAGAUUUCUUGACAUUGAAGAUAUCUUAACUUGCUACAACAUUAUGUUACAAUUAGAGACACAUACAACCAAGGUACUCAAUUCACCAGAUUCACCUCAUCAGUCAUCCAUCCAUCUUUUCGAGAACGCCCAAGCUACUUCUUUUCUAUGCACUAAAAGGUCACUUACAUUUGAAGAAGCUGAUGAUCAGAAAUAUGAUGAUUUAUGCAAGAAAUCUCGACAUUGUUUGGUCUAAUCACUAGAUGAUCACUUCACUUUCUUGGUGAUUGAGCAGUGUCUUAAGAAAAUUAAAGCCGAAGAAAGGAAAAGAAGCUUUUCGGCUACACCCAUCUCAAAGGUCCCUACUAAGGAAAUAUUAUGUAUGAAAUAAUUGAGUACAUUAUUAUUCUUCAAUCUGUUUUAGUAACCAUUAUUGUUUUGGAUUUCCACCUCUUUGGUUUUCCUAAGUUCUAUCCAAUUACUUUUAAAGUGAUCAAAUUUAUAAAAUGUUGACUAUAUUUAUCAUUUAUAUAUG